UUCGUGCACGUGCUUACAUCCCUCGACGUUUCUUAACACCUACAUAAUGUGGGGAUUUCUGACGUUCGUCUUUCUGACGACAAAGGAGGUCAAAGCGGAAACGUUCAUAUUGGGCUACUUAACUGGGUCCGAAAGGAAAGCCGGAGAUUUCGAGUAUUCGCGUCCCGGCCUUACAAUAUCUGGAGCGAUCUCUUUGGCGGUCGAAGAAGUGAAUAAUGGAAAGCUCGGGGAGGGAGGCCAUAAAUUCGAAUUUAUUGUGGCCGAAACGUACGGCGAGGAGAUUGUGAGCGUUCAAAAAACGGCUGAGUUAUGGACGCGGAACGUUUCGGUCUUCAUUGGCCCGCAAGAGACUUGCAAGCACGAGGCGUAUUUAGCGGCCGCCUUUAAUCUGCCGAUGAUUUCCUACUUUUGUACAGAUUACGAGACAUCGGAUAAGAGGAGAUUUCCAACUUUUGCCCGUACGAAGCCGCCUAACACACAAAUAUCGAAGUCGAUAAUCUCGCUUUUGAAAACUUUUAACUGGACGCACAUAGUCCUCCUUUACCUCGACUCUCCAGACUUCGAGUAUGGAAAUGUCGCGCUUACCAUACAACAGUCGUUAACAGCUGCCGGUUUUACGAUAAUCAGGGCGCUUCAGUGGAAAACGCCCUACCAUCAGGGCUAUACCGAGAACCCUUUCCAUCAGCUCGUAGAUGAUACGUAUCAAGAUGCCAGAAUAUACGUCAUCGUAGGACACUAUUUCGAGCAUCUCGCUUUGAUGAUCUACAUGGAAGAGAAGCGCUUAUUUGACAAUGGAGAAUACUUCGUAAUUGGUAUCGAUUUGGACGAAUACGACCAAACGGCGCCGACCAAAUAUCUUCGCGACUUUCUACGAGGUGAAAAAAAUUUGGUCGCGCAGCGGGCGUACCAAAACUACCUCGGCGUAAUACCGUCAAGUCCCGUCGGAUUCAAGAAUUUCACCGCGCUCGUAAACACGUACAUGGAAAAACCCCCCUUUAACUUCCCCAACCCUCUGAACUUCUUUGGAUUGGGUAAAAUGAUCAGAGCCGAAGCGGCGUUCUUGUACGACGCGGUUCACCUCUACGCGAAAUCGCUGUUGCACGUGCUCAGUGUGGGGGGAGAUCCAAGAGACGGGCGCAAAAUCAUCGACAGCUUAAAGCGGCUGCACUACAAGAGCGCAAUGGGUUACAUGGUUUACAUUGACGAAAAUGGAGACGCCGGUGGGAACUACACUUUAAUCGCACGAAAACACUUGAAAAAUCACUGUGAGGAAUACGGCCUUUUUCCUAUUGGCACCUUCGGGCUUGAAGAUCCCAAAAGUGGUUUACCGGUAAGGAAGGCGCUCCUCAUUCGCGUACUGAAACCCUUUCAGAGCCUGCGAAUGUUUGAAAACUUCAACUGGGUCGGAGGACGGCCGCCGGUAGCGUUGCCCCAGUGUGGUUUCCGUGGGGAGCACUGCGUGUCGAAUACAGUUGAAAUAACUUUUGGAGUGGCGGGCGGUGUCUGUCUAAUAAUUCUGAUCUCUGCCGCAAUCUUGUACCGCAACUGGAGGUACGAGCAGGAGCUCGACAGUCUACUGUGGAAGAUCGACUACAAGGACAUCGAGUUGAAAAUUAACAAUAACGAGGAUAAACCCGUACAGAACAGUUAUCCCUACGUGCGCACCAGUCAAGUUUCUUUGAGCUCCAACACCGAUCCCGAGUUUCGAUACUCUUCGCUUUUUACCCAAGUGGCUUUUUAUAAGGGACGAAUGUUGGCGAUUAAACGGAUCAAUAAACGUAGCAUUGAUAUCACUCGAGAGAUGAAGAAGGAGCUCAAGAUGAUGCGAGAUCUUCACCACGACAACCUGAACGGAUUUAUCGGCGCUUGCACCGACCCCCCUAACAUAUGCAUCCUGACCGAGUACUGCACGCGCGGAAGUCUCAAGGACAUUCUCGAAAAUGAAGACGUUAAGCUGGACAGCAUGUUCAUCGCCUCGCUCGUUGAAGACAUCCUAAGGGGCAUGAUAUUUCUACACGAAUCCGUCGUGAGGUUCCACGGUAACCUGCACAGCGCAAACUGCCUCGUCGACUCCAGGUGGGUGGUGAAGCUAACGGAUUUUGGACUGCACGAGUUUAAGAAGAACGAGGAGAAGCCGACGGCGCAAGAGGCAAACGAGGUUAUUGAAAAGUACACGCGACUCUUGUACCGAGCACCCGAGCUGUUAAGGAAGGAAAACGGCACGCAAAAGGGCGACGUUUACUCUUUUGGCAUUAUCCUCUACGAGCUCCAUGGUCGCAAAGGUCCCUAUGGAGAUUGCGCACUGUCGGCUUCGGAAAUUUUGCAUAGGAUUGCGCAAUGCGGUUCGUCGCUUAGACCAUCUCUAGACUGCCUAGAAAAUACAGUUGACGCUGUUAAGGAAUGCCUACGAGAGUGCUGGAGUGAGAAUCCCGACGAAAGGCCCGACUUCAAGAGUUUACGCACUAAACUUCGACCAUUGCGGAAGGGAAUGAAACCCAACAUAUUUGACAACAUGAUGACGAUGAUGGAAAAGUACGCCAACAACUUAGAGCAGCUCGUCGACGAACGAACUGACCAACUGCAGGAGGAAAAGAAGAAGACAGAUGCGUUACUCCACGAGAUGCUGCCGAAACCGGUGGCGGAACAGCUGAAGCGCGGCCACAAGGUCGAAGCCGAAAGUUUCGAAUGCGUCACGAUUUUCUUCAGCGAUAUUGUCGGUUUUACGGCGACCUCCGCCGAAAGCACCCCCUUGGAGAUUGUGAACUUCCUCAACGAUCUCUACACAUGCUUCGAUUCCAUUAUUGAAAACUAUGACGUUUACAAAGUGGAAACCAUCGGGGAUGCUUACAUGGUGGUUAGCGGUCUUCCGAUACUGAACGGAAGGAAGCACGCCGCGGAAAUUGCGACGAUGUCAUUAGACUUACUGUCCAAAGUAAAAAACUUCAGCAUACGCCACCGGCCUGGAACAAAGUUGUUGUUGCGAAUUGGAAUACACUCAGGUCCCGUGUGUGCUGGUGUUGUAGGGCUGAAGAUGCCAAGGUACUGCUUAUUUGGGGACACGGUGAACACAGCCAGUCGCAUGGAGUCAACCGGCUUGCCCCUCAAAAUUCACUGCAGCCAGCAAACAAUGGAGCUCCUGUCGAUGUUGGGUGGAUAUUACUUGAUCCCAAGAGGCGAAGUCUCCAUUAAAGGCAAAGGAAACCAACCGACCUAUUGGCUACUGGGCGAAGACCCAGUAAGCGGCAAGCUAAGAAAAUUUGAACGUGAAAGGCGACUGAACAACGGUAUCGGUCCCAAAAGUUCCCUCAAGUAUAAACACGGAAUAAUUAAAAGCCCAGUCGAUCGCUGCUUUAGCCUGGAGUCGCCCAAAAAAUUACGCUUCGCCAGCAUAAGUAAUCUACAAAGGAAAACCCUAGACGUAAUUGAGGACAGCAGCCCUCACAAGAAAUCGGCAUCAUCACUUAUCGGAAACUCGGUGGAGGGUCAAGAGAUAAUGAUGUCCAGUCUCUCCUGCCCGUGCAUCGAAAACCUAGCAAACUCGUCGAUUAUGUUAGCCCAAACGCACUUCCCCGCCCUUCUCUCCGACGAGAGCGACCCCUAUCGCAGCGUGCCUAUCUUAUGUCAAAAUUUAAUGGUAACCAACGUGCCGACGCAGGUUAUAUCUGCGCCGGUGAGCCCAUUCGGCAAAAUCGUGCGGGAAGAAGUGUUCCCUUGGACCGACUCCACCCCACUGCUGAAAAUUACCAAGAAACCGCGCCGGAAUGUUCAAAAAAUGAGCACGGAAAGUAUUGCGAAUGUCAGAACGUUUAUGAAUGGGGCAGUUUCGAUUGAAUCGACCACAACUCUGACCGCAAACGAGAAACCAAGAAAGCGAAUUAGCUGCUCAUAUUCAAACGCGCAGCUUUGCGAAAAUGCGGACGCGUCCAGCUUUAGUAGCGAAUCUUCUCUCUUGGACGAACGUCCCUCAACCACCCCGUCGAAAUCACUUGCGUCAACUCCAAACCUCCUCAACGGCAUGGGACUGGAACAAUUGAAAUCGCUCAAGGCGAAACGGGCAGAGGAGAAGAAGCGCGAAGAAAAUCGCAUACGGUUAGAGAAGCAGAGGCAAAAUUUUAAGCGAUGGUUGGCCAACAAAAAGGACGAGGAGGAAAAGGAACGAAUCAGCAAGGAAAAGAUGACCAAGCACCAAAGCGAAAAGGAUUACGAAAAGCAACGUCGGCAGAAGGAGGCCGAACUGAAAUACAAAUUGUGGUGCAAACGGAAAGAACAGGAGGAACUAGAAAAGAAAUUAAAGGCGAAGAUCGACGAGAUAAAAAGCAGCGAAGAUCAUGACCGGCGAACGGAAAGGAAUCAAACUGCUUACCAGAAUUGGUUAAAAAAUUCCGUAUACAAACCCAUGCCGAUCCCGCUAAACAGAGGGCUUGAAACUCUGCGAUCUUCGGCGUCGGUCACGUAUAUUAAUCCCAUACCCUGGCAGCCCAAUAUUGAUGAGAGUUGUCUAAAUUCACAGAAAUAAAAUGCUGCGGCAAAC